AUUUUUUAGCUUUCCAAUUCUUCAGUGUUUACUAAAAAGACCCUUGCUCUCAUUUUAACCCUUUCCCAACCCUUCCCUUCUUAUCUCCCCACCUCUCUUUUGCUCUUUUCCUCCAAACCUCUUCUCUCCCAAACAAAUCACGACUCUCCUGCCGCCGAUUCUCUCUUGUUCUCUCGCUCCCGCUCUCCUUCUCCCCGCCUCUUUCUCAAAAUAAUACUAGGUACAGCAGGAAUCGAAUCGUAAUGAAAGGAGUCAAAUCGAAGGCUGAUGGCAAGAGGACUGACGCCGCGUUGAAGCCGAAAGCGGCUGGAAGAUCGAAGAAGGCAGUUAAGGAUCCAAACAAGCCUAAGAGGCCUCCCAGUGCUUUCUUCGUCUUCAUGGAGGAAUUCAGGAAGGAGUUCAAGGAAAAGAAUCCUAACAACAAAUCUGUCGCUGCUGUCGGAAAAGCUGCCGGCGAGAGGUGGAAGGCCAUGAGUGAGGCAGACAAGGCUCCUUACAAGGCCAAAGCCGACAAAAGGAAGGCUGAAUAUGAGAAGACCAUGGAUGCUUACAACAAGAAACAGGCUGGAGGUCAUGGUGAUGAUGACUCUGACAAGUCCAAAUCUGAAGUAAAUGAUAAUGAAGAUGACAGCGGAGAGGAGGAAGAUGAUGACGAGUAAGGUUGAGCUGUAGAGAACUUUGGAGGAUGAACUGGUAUACUGCCAGUGUGAAGUGGAAGUUGCUUCUUCGUCUUCUAACUUGGAGAGUUAGUUAUAAUGUGGCGCGGGUAUGGAUUUCUAGUUUGAUGUUUAGAUUGUAGGUUUGUAGGAAACACAUCUGUAAGGGGCAAGUCUUCUCUCCCUUCUAUCCCAGUGCUCACAAUGCUCCGUUCUUUUUACAUGUACUUAGUGGCGUAGCUUUGACCAGAUAUGAUGAGUAAGUUGUUGAAGUACGGAUCUCUUGUUGUUAUUUAACCAUGUCCAGCCCCUUCUAUUUUGUCAAAUAUGUGAUGAUCUCUCUAUGAUUGUGAAGUGAAGUUAUUUCCCCCCAGCUUGUGUGGUGGUGUGAUUGCUGCUUUCACUUGGUGUAGAUUCCGUGUCUGUGAAGUAUGUAUGUGUGCUUCUUGCAUGGCUGCCGAAUUGUAUUGAACGGUCUCGAUUCAUUGAGUAGCAAGUUUGAAUGGG